AAUGGAAUCAUAAUCUACUUACCAAGCUUAAUUAAACUCUGUGUUAGAUCUGAAAUAUGUAUUUCUGAUGAAACCUCGUUGUAAGGAUUCUGUUGAUACAAAGAUUGCAAUCGAUUAUUCCCCUAUGUAUAGUGAGUAAGUUAAAUUCUAAAGUUCAGAGUUUUAGGAUGUAAACAAAAUACAGUGCCGAUAUUUAACAAUGACGGAGAGCCAUCGUAACCUGGCUUUAUCCUUUAGAUAGAUUAAGUAUUUUAUUUUAUUAAAUUUUAGCCUGUGCAUUUGGCCAAUAGCAUACAUUAUAGAUCUUAAUUUGAUAAGAAAUUAUAAGAAGUUUAGGAAAAGAAUAAAGAUUUAGUAAAUAUAUAAUUACUAUUUGAAGUUUAUCCCAAAACCAAGAGGAACUAAAAUCUAUUGCAAUGUUUGUAAAUAAUAUAUAGAGGAUUAUCUUUAAGUAAAUAAAUAAUGUAUAAUAUAAGCACACUGAAUCUAAAAACCACAAAUUGAAGUUUAGGAAGAACAAAGUCAUCAAUCUCAUCCAUUCUAUGGCUGAUGAAUUUUAGAAGAAUCGAAGUAUGCCUCAAAAUACACCGACUCUUCAUUCCGAUUCUGAUAGAUGUGGUUACUUCUCGUCCAUCUAGGAGGAUAGCGUUGAACAUCAAGACAGCACAUAGUAAGAACCACAUACUAUUAAGAAGAUUAAGUUGAAUGAAGAUGUCAGCGUUUUCAACAAGAUGGGCAACUCGUAUAAAAUAAAUUAAAAAUAUUAGUCUUGUACAUAGCUCUAAAUAAUCAUUCAACGAUAAAUACGGAAGGUAGUGUCUUUGAA